AUGUCAGAAAAAGAAAUAAAAGUGUUUGAUGAAGAAUUAAUUAAACACCAUAUUAAGCCAAUGAUUCAUGAAGGAGAUUAUGUUCAUGGAGUAGAGUGUUUGUAUAAUGAAAUAACAAAACAAGUAGGUCAUCCAAUGAAACAACAAAUAGAUGGAAUUUAUAUGACAUAUGAAAAUAUAUUUCCAAAACAACCAAAACAUUUAAGCAAUGAACAAAUCAAAAAUACUAUUACAGAAGUAGCUACAUUAGCAUCAGCAGAAAUAUUAUUUGCUUUAUGUAAAUAUUAUAAGGAAUUAAAAAAAUGUCAAAGUGAAUUAUUCCAACCAUUAUCACAAAUUGUUGUUAAAAAAAUAUUUCCUGUUUCUUUUGAAUUUGUUUGUAGAACAACUAAAGAUAAUGAUUUUAGAUUUGAGUUACAAAUGAAAAAAUAUAUUAGAAGUGAUUUGAGAGAAGUAUUAAAAAUUAAUCCUAAAAUUUAUCCUUCUUCAUAUCCAAGUGAUCCUAGCGUGUUUGGAAGAACUAUCAAUGUUUUAAAUAAAUUAGAAACUUCACCUACAAUUGAUGAUAUGAGAAGUGAAUUAGUUAAUUCACAAACAGCUAUUAUUGAUGAUGUAAAAGAUAUGCAUGAUAAUGUUUUACCAAAAGACUUUGAUAGUGAUGAUUUAUUGUCUUUAUUAACAUUUUCUUUAUUACAUUCUACAUUGAAACAUCCAUUUGCUAUUUCUAUAUUAUUAGAAUGUUUCUUAACUGAUGAAGAUUUCUUAACUCAAGUUGGAUAUUCAUUAACUACAUUUACUGUAGCAAUUCAAUCAGUAAUUAAAAUGACUGAAAAUGAAUGUAUACAAAAUAAAGAAUUAUUACAAUUAAAUCCUGUAGAUGCUCUUACUAGAAGAAAUACAGUUAAAAGAAAACCUACUAUAAUGUGUACUCAACCUGUAUUUAGACCAACUAUUAAUUCUUCUCAUGAAAAUAUAAUUAUGGUAAAGAAACCUACAACUAAAAGAGAAGAAAAAUUUAUUAUUGGAACACGUUCUACAUUAGCAAAAAAGAAAGACAAACAAGUUGUUGGAAGUGUUGGAAUUCUUGACUCUCCACUACAUAAGAAAAAUUUUACUACUUCAUAUGAUGAUAAUUCUUAUUAUGAACCUUUUGGCACUCAUCAUAUUGAUAAUCUUAAAUCAACUGUUACUCCAGUUAUACUAACAAGUUCUACUGUUUCUACUACUCCAAACAAAAAUCAUAGUGACCUUUCUUCUGAAGAUAUCAUUUUUAGUUUAUCACCAAAUACUGUUCCUGAAAGUCCUAUAAUACCUUCACCAAAACAUGAACAACAAGAUGAACUAACUAAAAGUAAUCCUAUACACACAGAUAUUUGUGAUAGCCAAUUAAAUGUAAGUGAACUCAGUAAAGAAAAAGAAUUAAAUAAUAAUUCUGAAAUUGAUUUUACAUCAAAAAUAACUUCUCAAAAUGAUAUUCAAGUUAAAGCCAUUGAUAAGUCAGACAUUCAAAAAGAAAAAAUACAAGAAAAUAACCAGUUUAUUAAUCAAAUUACUACUGAAAGUAUAAUAGAAAAUAAUAGUAAAAUAAAAAGUGAAUAUCAAAGUGGAAUAAAUAAGGAUUUUCAAAUAAAAAAUAAUACUGACAAACAAGACUUAGCAUUAAACCAAGAAAUAGUCAAUGGAAAAAUUAUUCGAAAAGAACAAACAAAUGAUGGCUUAAGUGAAAAAGAAGAAAAACAAGAACAAUAUUCAAAAAAGUUUGAUCAGUUAAAUGACCAACACAUAAAACAAUCAAAAGAAAUAAACGAACAAGACAAAUUAAUUCAAAACACUGAAAUACAAGAUGAUUCUGAACGUUUAUCUGUUUCUAAAGCUAAAAUAAAAUUUGAAGCUGCGGCUCAAGAUGAAUUAAUAGAAAAACAUCACAAAUCAAUAUCUACACCCCCCAAUUCAGUUUUAAGUGUUAAAGAACGAAUGAAAUUAUUUGAAUCAAAAUUUAUAGAAGAGGCUGAACCACAAUAUAUUAAAAGAACAAAAGAGGCUAAUCCAUCUCAUAAACCUUUAACGUCACAGAAUAAUGUAAUUCAAAAUUAG